UCUACAUUCAUAUUAAAGAAGAAAAAAGAACAAAACGAUCUGCAGAAGACAGUUUUUAUUCAGAGACGUUUGAUUUUAAAUUUUCAAUGGAAGGAUUUCCGAUUCAUAUACAUCUUACACGCAAUGAUCACAUCAAAUUGAACGUUCCUACUUUUAUUUUGAAAAGUGAUACCAUAAUUUCCAGAGAUGUUUCAGAUAAUGAGGAAUCAAAAUUUUACCAAGAUGUUGUCAACGGAGCAGUAUUUGUAAUGCAGAGAGAUCAGAGAAAUAGAAGCAGCACGUUUGGAGUAUUUCAAAUAGACGGAGAGGAAUAUAUCCUUCAAUCACAGGAAAACCACUCACCCAUCCACAUGAUUCAAUUCAGACAGAAAUACAACAAAUUUCACAUUUUUAAGAAAAACAAUCAGAAUGUAACAUUCAAUGAUCUUGCGCUAAAAGAAAUUACGGAAACAGCUAUGGGAAUUGAUUCUCCUAACAGAUAUAAACGCGCUGCAGGAUCAUAUCUACUGGAGCUACUUAUAGUUGUAGACUAUUCUAUAUACCAAUUUUGGUAUGACAAAAGCACGAAAUCGACCCAUGUUGAAAAAGAUGCAGAAUCAAUAAUAACAAUUCGACAGUUUUAUGCCUUCAUUAUUAAUGGGAUGGAUGCCAUGUACAAAAACAUACAAACUACGUCUUACAGUAUAGCAAUUGAAUUUGCCGGAAUAAUAAUUGCUCAGACUCCAUCGGAUUCCGCAUGGACAGAAACAAUCAAAGUUACCAGUGUUAGUCCAUAUCAAGUCGAUUCGUCAGACGCACUUACUAAUUUUAAGAGCUGGGUGCAAUCAACAACUGGUAACCUACCUGGACAUGAUCAUGCAAUGCUCUUUACAAGAUACGACUUAACUUCAAGUGGAUCUACAUCGAAUGCAGGGCUUGCUUAUGUUGGAGCAGUGUGUACCAAUAUUGGUCAGUCCAUUGUAGAGGACCAUUUCAAUUUUGUCAUGUUGACAGUAGCCGCCCAUGAACUGGGACAUAGCUUGAGUGCAUCGCAUGACGGGGAAGGAAACGGUUGCAGUUUUAGCGAUGCAUACAUAAUGGCGUCUUCUAGUAGUCCACAAACACCUGGAAGUGCUAUAGCUACUAAUCCAUGGACAUUUUCGUCAUGUUCUACAAAUUAUUUUACCACUUACAUCGACACGCUAGAAACAAAUUCAGCGAAUUGUAUGCUAUCUCUAAGUCCUGGCUUUAAUGACACAGCUCUGUCAGAAUUUGAGAAUGAUGUAGCAGGUCAGGUGUACGAUGCACAUUUACAGUGUGAAAACAUAGUCGGACCAGGGUCGUAUUUGUGUACGGAUCGUUAUUCUGGUGAUUUCUCAUCAAUAUGUACCGUUAUGUGGUGUGCACUUCCAGACCAACCAGGCUAUUGUACAACAACAACAGCUGCUGAAGGAACGUUGUGUGGAAAUCAAAAAGUAAGCUUUUAG